GCCGACACCAACUUCUGCUCGCGAACUCCCUUCUGCCCCUUUUUUGGCCCAGGGCAACCUCGACAGCCCUGACAGCGACAGGCCCGCCGCAGUGCCCAGAAAGGCCCCCGGUGGCCCAGCGCCUCCCCGGCUCUUUCUGGAUGGAGGCGCCUCAGGAAGGAGCCAGCGGCCUGCACUCUCCCGCCGCUGCUGACCACACCUCCCCUAGCGCAGAGGCCGCUGUAAAGAGCAGGAAAUGCUGCACCAGCUGCCCCCCCGGGAUCUUGGUGUGAACGCCAGGAUGGACCUGGGGGCAGCCACUGAGACCUUCGUGCUGGAGCUUCGGUGUCUUGAAGAUGGGGGCCCAGGGCCUGGCACCCUCUCAGGUGGCAGCGGUGCGGGUGAGAGUCAAGAGGAAGAAGAGGCUCAGGAGAACGGCAGCCCACCGCGGCCAACAAGCUCAGCCCCGAUGGGGGCCGGGGAGCUCGCCGAGGAAGCACAGCCCGGACAGCAGGAGUUGCAACUGCAACAGUUAGAGCUGCAGCCAGAGCAGCAAACACAAAGCCAGCCGUCAGGACAGCAGCUAGAAUUGCAGCAACCACAACUGCAGCUGCAGCAGCACCUGCAGCAGGACCAGUCACAGCAGCUGCAGCACCUGCAGCAGGACCAGUCACAGCAGCUGCAGCAGGACCUGCAGCAGGAACAGUUACAGCAGCAGCAGCAGCACCUGCGGCAGGAACAGUUACAGCAGCAGCAGCAUCUGCGGCAGGAACAGAUACAGCAGCAGCAGCAGCACCUGCAGCAGGAACAGUUACAGCAGCAGCAGCAGCAGCAGCAGGACCAGUUACAGCAGCAGCAGCACCUNCAGCAGCAGCAGCAGCACCUGCAGCAGGACCAGUUACAGCAGCAGCAGGAGGAGGAACAGUUACAGCAGCAGCACCUACAGCAGGACCAGUUACAGCAGCAGCAGGAGGAGGAGGAACAGUUACAGCAGCAACAGCAGAACCAGUUGCAGCAGCAGCAGCAACAUCAGGACCAGUUGCAGCAGCUGCAGCAGGAACAGCAGAAGCAAGAGGAACAGUUACAGAUGCAGCAGCUGCAGCAGCAACAGUUACAGCAGCAGCUGCAGCAGCAGCAACAGUUACAGCAGCAGCAGCUGUUGCAGCAGCAGCAGCAGCAAGAACAGUUGCAACAACAGCAGCAGCAGCCCCAUCCACUGGAGCCAGAGGAGGAGGAAGAGGUGGAGCUGGAGCUCAUGCCGGUGGACCUGGGGACGGAGCAGGAACUGGAGCAGCAGCGGCAGGAGCUGGAGAGACAACAGGAACAGCGGCAGCUGCAGCUCAAACUGCAGGAGCAGCUGCAGCAGCUGGAGCAGCAGCUGGAGCAGCAGCAGCAGCAGCAGCUGGAGCAGCAGCAGGAGGUGCAGCUGGAGCUGACCCCGGUGGAUCUGGGAGCCCAGCAGCAGGAGGUGCAGCUGGAGCUGACUCCCGUGCAGCCGGAGCUGCAGCUGGAGCUGGUGCCCGCCGCAGGGGGCGGCGGGACUCCGGCCCCGGGCGCUCCAGCCGCGGUCGUGGUGGCCCCCCCGGGCUACGUGGUGCUGCAGGAGCUCAUGGUGUUGCCGGCCGUGGCGGCGCCCGCGGUGGUGGCCAUCCCGGGCCCCGCGGGCAGCGCGGCGCUGACUCCGGCCAGGCAGCGGCGGCGGCGGCGCGCGCGGGACCGGCCGACCAUCUGCGGGGAGUGCGGCAAGGGCUUCAGCCGCAGCACGGACCUGGUGCGGCACCAGGCCACGCACACGGGCGAGCGGCCGCACCGCUGCGGCGAGUGCGGCAAGGGCUUCUCGCAGCACUCCAACCUGGUGACGCACCAGCGCAUCCACACGGGCGAGAAGCCCUACGCCUGCUCCUACUGCGCCAAGCGCUUCAGCGAGAGCUCGGCGCUCGUGCAGCACCAGCGCACGCACACGGGCGAGCGGCCCUACGCCUGCGGCGACUGCGGCAAGCGCUUCAGCGUCUCGUCCAACCUCCUGCGCCACCGGCGCACGCACUCGGGCGAGCGGCCCUACGUCUGCGAGGACUGCGGCGAGCGCUUCCGCCACAAGGUGCAGAUCCGCCGCCACGAGCGCCAGCUGCACGGCGCCGGCCGCUCGCGAGGCCUGGGCCUGCUCCGCGGCUCGCGCGCGGCCACCGGCGGCCCACCGCGCUCCGAGCAGGCGCCGUGAC